GUUUACAAGUAGGACUUGGAUGAAGCUCUCCCUAUGAUAUAUGUAGGCCCGGCAAAAAGGAGUGGUUCAUGUAUGGGAACUUUGCGGGUUGCGGGUUGCCCAGCCCAUGAUAUCCACACCUGAAUUUUUUAUUUUUUAUUUUUUGGUAAGUAAUACCCGCCCCUGUUUUGAGUUUUGAGUGAUUUGAGAUUUCCCUCUACUUCUCCACUCUCGCUCGCUCGCGCUCUCUCUCUCUCUCUCUCUCUCUCUCUCUCUCUGUUAAAGAAAAAUGGAGAAAAGAGGUGAAGUGGGUCCAUCUUCUAGUCUUCCAAUGGGUACGAGGCAUUCGGAUUUGAAGAAAUCCUUCAAGCUCGCCGUUCGAUCUCUACUCACUGCCUGUUCCAACCACGAAUUCUGCAAAGCGUUUCCAAGUUUUACGAGUGCGGAGCAACAACAUCUCCACCGCCUAUUUAUUCAGGUCAUUACUUCGUUGCACGAAAAUAUUGAGGAUGAGUUUGAGUCCUUAUGUCUUGAAACACAGGUGGGAGCUACUCUAGAUUCUGUAGAGCAACUUGUAGAAGAACAAGGUCUGGACCCAUUGUUUUUGAAUAAGACCAAUGUAAUGGAUGUUGCUCAAAAUCUUUCAACAGCAAAGAAGAAUGAGAUCCAAUUCUUGACGAGUAUGCUGGAUAUGGCUGAGGAACAGAAUAGCCUUAUCCGCACUCGUGUUGAACACCUUAGGCCAGGAAUGCAAGAUGUCUCGGGCAUCGCAGAUGCCGUACAGAAGUUAAGAUGCAGGAGUUUAAGUUACGGGACCUGCGACAGCAAUGCAAUCCAUGAUACAUAAUGAGUACUGGUAGAUGCAUGUUUCUAGCUAUUGACAAUAUAACUGCUCCCUUUGGUUGAUUUCUCCAAUUUAUGUGCAUCUUGUGUUUGGCAUUUAAUUUUAUUCACACAAUCAGAAUUUCACUGGUUGCUAAUUGUAAUACUCAUAUUUUAGCAUGUCUAGAAUCUCAUAACUCAUUUAUAGCUCUUAAGAGCUCUUGCAUGUUGUUGGACAUGUUUUUCUGUCAUUUUGAAGAAAUUGGGAAAUUUUUCCUAUUGCUCUUA